UUAUUAGGAUUCUGCGAGUCGGGUCCACCUCUCCUUCGUUAUUUGUCCGUCUCCACACAGGCCCAUACACUGACACACACGGUACACACACCGUACAACUACAUCGGACCCGAAAAAAGGAAAUCUGAAUUCCAAAUCUGUCGAUCAGUCCCAACGGACACCCCCAAAAGUCUCUCAAUCCCACAGUUGAUUCCACCGCCCAAAUCCUCGCCGCACAGCCAUAAACCCCCCAAUCUAGGGUUUUUCUUUCUUCUCCCUUUCCCUGCACCCCCCUCUCUCUCUCCUAAACCGUCUCUCCCUUGCGUAGGCGGUUUAGGGUUUCCACUUCCCAUUCAGCUAGCUUUGUUUCAAAUUCAUGGGAUUUGGAUCGAAGUUUGCAUUUUGAAACCCCCAAUUGUUUGUUCAUUUGUUAAUUAUAUUUCGGUUCUCUCCUGAUUGAGCUUGUUUGAUUUUUGACCCAUCCUCCCAAAAAAGUCGUUGAAUCUUUUCAAUGGAGAUAGGGUUUUCAAAUUGCUUCCGUCAUUGAACGGAAGUUAGAAAAGGUCAAGGUGUUCUUUCAGGGGUAAAGAGUGGCCUGCAUUGGUUGUUAUAAACUGGAGUUCUCGUGAUGUUGGCGUUGAAUCGGAAUCGUAUCAAUGUGAUCAACUGUUUCUUUCAUUUUUCUGAAUGGCAUCCAUUAGAAUAGCCAAGUUGACUGGCUCUUGAAGCCCACACCUUUCCUUCUUAAACUAGGUUUUGGUAUCAGUCUUGUUAUUUCUGGCUGUAAGUUAUAAAUUGUUACUCAAAAAUUCAACUUUCUCAUGUUUAGUAAGAGCAAUUCUAUUCAGAGAGUAUCGGAGAUGGGCUGCUGUGGUUGUUUUGGAUUCACAUUUGCAAGGAAGCCCAGAAGGACAUUGAGGCCCGAUGUAGUCUCUCGCAAUUAUAUUUCACAGGAGUUGUUGUUGAAUGAAGAGCUAGAAGAUGAAGAUGAUUGUUCGUAUAAUGGUGAUGGAACUGAUACUGGAAAUGGAGAUGAUGGUGAGUUGCGAAGUCCCGCCAAACGUUCUGAAGAGAUUCUUAUGUACCGAACUCAAAAUGGGUUGAUUUGCAGGGAAGUUCCUGUCAAGGAAACCCACAAGCUCAUUCGCUCAGAGGAUGAAAAUGGGAACAAGAUUGUUAAUGAGUAUGUUCGUGAGUGUAAGAUUGGUUCUGGUAGCUAUGGAAAAGUGGUUCUUUACCGAAGCCGUGUUGAUGGAAAUCACUAUGCGAUUAAGGCCUUCCACAAGUCACAUCUAUUAAAGCUGCGAGUUGCACCUUCAGAGACUGCCAUGACUGAUGUUCUCCGUGAGGUUUUAAUCAUGAAAAUUUUGAACCAUCCUAAUAUAGUUAAUCUCAUCGAGGUGAUUGAUGACCCAACAACAGAUCACUUCUACAUGGUUCUUGAAUAUGUGGAAGGCAAAUGGGUAUGCGAGGGCUCUGGUCCACCAGGCGGCCUUGGAGAAAAUACUGCACGGAAGUACCUGCGGGAUAUAGUUUCUGGAUUAAUGUACCUGCAUGCUCAUAAUAUAGUGCAUGGUGAUAUCAAACCUGAUAAUCUUCUGGUUACUGGUACGGGCACAGUAAAGAUUGGAGAUUUCAGCGUCAGCCAGGUUUUUGAGGACGACAAUGAUGAGCUUCGUCGCUCUCCUGGGACUCCUGUCUUCACUGCACCUGAGUGUUGUUUAGGUCUAACCUAUCAUGGCAAAGCUGCUGACACAUGGGCUGUAGGAGUUACUUUGUAUUGUAUGGUGUUGGGAAACUACCCAUUUCUUGGAGAUACUCUGCAGGAUACAUAUGACAAGAUCGUCAACAACCCUUUAUUUCUCCCUGAUUGUAUGGAUUCCCUGCUCAAGGACUUGCUAGAGGGGCUUCUUUGCAAAGACCCAAUACAGAGGAUGACAUUGAAGGCUGUUGCAGAGCAUGCCUGGGUCGUUGGAGAGGAAGGGCCUAUACCUCAGUAUUUGUGUUGGUGCAAUCGUAACAAGUUGCGGAGGGAAGCAUCUGAUGGGAGCAGUUUGGAUACCCUUACUUGAUCCACACUGACAAUCCUUUAACUCUUUCGGAUUUGUUUGUUUUUGUAUAGUUGGAAAGGUAGGGUUUUUGACUCCGAUCAACGAGGCAAACAUUCUUCUGAACAAAAGAGUUGAAGAUAUAUUUAAGGAGAGAUUUCAGAAAUAUAAAGGUAGUUUUUGGGGGUGCUUUUGAAAGGCUUUAGGAGGACUUCAAAGCCUUACAAGUCCUUGUAAAGAAGCUAAUGAGUGUUUUGUUGUGGGCAGUGUUAAAAACGACUUUUAUGGAAAGCGUGUUUGAUGCCUACAAGUCCUUCACCAAGAAGGCCCUUAAGGAAGAAGUUUGUGUAAAAGGAAGUUUAAUCAGAAAACAUGUUUGGUAAACCUAUUUUUUGAUUUGAAUUAAGAAAAAUUUACUUAUACCCAA